CAUGUUUGAAACAUUAUGUUCAGAUGUAAUCAGUGUGAUGCUUGGAUCAUAUUUUCUUACCUCUUAGGACGGUUUCAGAGGCCUCCUGGAGUAAUACCUUCUUCCAUGUUGGGCUUGGAAGCCAUGACAGGAGCUCUGGAGGACUUUGGUUUUGAGGACUACCUAAAUGAUCCAAAGGAAUCUGAAACCUUUCGCCCAGCUAACAUGCAUCACGGCAUGGAAGUGCGGCUUGGGCUUUCCAAGGGACCAGUAUGCCCCAGUUUUAUUUAAAUUGUUUCGAUGUAGUUUGUUGACUUUUAAUCAUGAUAUAUUAUGUUGUGCCGCUAUUGGUGUACUUUUCUCCGCCUCUCUUUAAUUACAAGUUAGUGUGGUUAACAUUCCAAUUUUAAUUUCAAAUCUUGAACAAUUUACCUUUUAUUAUAAGAUGGCUCUCCAAUCUCCAGUA